UCCCGCAUGUCUCUUGCAGAGCCCCAGUGGCACGGGAGCUGCCCUCCGCCGCCUGCCGCGUGGAGCCACGCGCUCCCUGGGUGCAGCCCAGCAGCCAUGUUCAACCUGAUGAAGAAGGACAAGGAGAGGGAUGGGUCCCGCAAAGAGAAGAAGGACAAGAAGGAGAAGAAGGAGCGGAUGUCGGCGGCUGAGCUGCGGAGCCUGGAAGAGAUGAGCCUGCGCCGCGGCUUCUUCAACCUCAACCGGGGCUCCAAGCGGGAGUCGCGGGCGCGCCUGGAGAUCUCCCACCCCAUCCCCAUCAAGGUGGCCAGCGGCUCCGACUUGCAUCUCACCGACAUCGAGGCCGACGGGCACGGCGGCAGCGUGGUGCUGGACUCGGGCCAGCUCAGCACGGCCAGCUCCAGCGACGACCUCAAGGUGGACGAUGGCAACUUCAAGGGCUCGGUGCUGCAGCGGGCCGCCAAAUUCGGCUCCUUGGCCAAGCAGAACUCGCAGAUGAUUGUCAAGCGCUUCUCCUUUUCCCAGCGGAGCCGCGACGAGAGCGCGUCAGAGACCUCCACGCCCUCCGAGCACUCGGCCGCCCCCUCCCCGCAGGUGGAGGCCCGGACGCUGGAGAUGCAGCUGGCCAAGCAGGGCGCGCCCCCGGGCCACCCGCGGCCCGCUUCCUCUUCCUCCUCCUCCUCCUCCUCGGCCCCGCGCUCCCGGGUGCCCGAGCUCGUUGGCAAGCGGUUUGCGGCCGAGCUGCGGCUGCCCGCCGUGGUGCCCCCCCAACCCCCGGCGCCCCGGGAGCUGGAGCUGCAGCGGCGCAACACGGGUGACUUCGGCUUCUCGCUGCGCCGCACCACCCUGCUGGACCGGGCACCUGACGGGCAGGUGUACCGGCGCGUGGUGCACUUUGCCGAGCCGGGCGCCGGCACCAAGGACCUGGCGCUGGGGCUGGUGCCGGGCGACCGGCUGGUGGAGAUCAACGGCCGCAACGUGGAGAGCAAGUCCCGGGACGAGAUCGUGGAGAUGAUCCGGCAGUCGGGCGACACGGUGCGGCUGAAGGUGCAGCCCAUCCUGGAGCUGAGCGAGCUGAGCCGCUGCUGGCUGCGGGGCAGCGCGGGGCCACGCAGAGCCGCCAUUGACCCAGAAAACCCGAGCGCGGAGAAGGAGGUGGCAGCCCCCCAGAGCCCGGAGCCACCGGCGAGCCCGGAGCCCCUGCUGAACGGCGAUAGCCGGGCACCCCCUGCCCGGGCCGUGAACGGGCUGGAGGGCACGGGGGUGGGCACGCCGGCUCAGCCUGAGCCCGAGGCCGAGGACGGCUCGGGGCUGUCCCGGAAGAAAGUGGUGCGGGUGGUCCGCAAGGUGGUCCGCAAAGUGCUGCCUGGGGAAGAGCCCGGGAGGCCCAAGGAGCCGGCGCGAGAUGCCAAGUCUCGGGAGCCGGUUUCGCCUGCCGGCAAGGAGAAAGCAGCACCGCGGGUGGCAUCCCCGCCCCCGGCACCCUCCCCGAAGCCGGAGCCCAAGGACGAGCUCUCCAUGGGCCUCAGGAGCCUCAUGUCGAGGGCCAAAACCAAGGACCACCGGUCUCAGCCCCAGCUGGGAGGGAGGAAGGGCGAGGAGAAGCCCCCGGAGCCUGCGCCAGCCCCGGGGGGCAAAGACCCCGAGAAGCCCGGCCCCCAGGCGCCUGUGGAGGAAGAGAAGCGACCGGGGGCCAAGACGAAGCUGGAGCCAAAGGGGCCGCCGGCCGGGGCCAGAGCGGAGCCCCCAAAACCUGCAGCUCGGAGGCUGGGCGCCCUCGACAAAGCCCAGGUGGCGUCCCCUGGACCCGGCCUAGCCGGGCAGUUAUGCCAGCUGGGGUCGGGCCCGGGGGCUGUGACUUCUGCGGCUGUCGGACUGUGCCGGCUCCGCUCGGAAGGGGCCGUAUCAGCGCCGUGGGCAGGGAGGGAUGUUGGCAAAGGGGGCCGCGGCUUCUCCAGCAAGCGUUGGUUGCCCGUGUGCCCAGAGCCGUGUCCGCAGCCAAAUAUCCCGGAUAUUUGGCAGGGUCUGUGCCCGCAUCGCGGGGGGUGCUUGUGCAUGCGUGCCCCGGGGCCUGUCCUGCACGGCACGUGUCCCACUCCCAACCCGGCGCGGGGCUGGAGCCCUGCUGCCGGCUUGCAGCACCCCCGCUCCUCCCCGGGGGGUCCCGGGCCGUGUCCCCUGCCGUCAGCAGCUCCGACGGGAAGCAGGGGCUCUGCCGAGUCCCAGCCCGGGGUACUUGCUGGCUCGCUGCCCCCUGGCAGCUCCUGUGCUGAGCGGGUCCAAGAGGCGCGGUGCCCUGGCCCCCUCUCCAUGCCGCAGCCGGCACCGGGGCAACAUUCAUGCCGCUUUGCCCCCCAGGCUGCUGCCGUGCCCCCGAGCCCGCCGGAGGAGGCGCACCGGAGGCUGGAGAGGAUCUUCACAGCUUCUCUGGACCCCGCGCCCUCGGCCUCGGCACCGAGCCAGGUACUGUACCCCCGGCCGCCGGGGGACCUGCCGCCGGCUCCCGUCGGCCUCUGGGCUGGUGUCUGUGCACGCGCCUCGUGCUGGAGUGGCCAGGUGGACGAUGCCCCAGCAGCCGUGGUUGGGCCGGCCUCCGCCGCCUCUCUGCCUCAGCAGGCCAAGACGGAGGAGCAGAUCGCGGCCGAGGAGGCCUGGUACGAGACGGACAAGGUGUGGCUGGUCCACAAGGAUGGCUUCUCUCUGGCCAGCCAGCUGCGAGCCGAGGACGCCAGCCUGCUGCCCGAGGGCAAGGUGAAGGUGCGGCUGNNNNUUGAUGGUGCCCACCCUACCCCACAGGCAAACCCGCCGGGCUGCGACCGCGUGGAGGACCUGGCGAGCCUGGUGUAUCUCAACGAGUCCAGCGUGCUGCACACGCUGCACCAGCGCUAUGGCGCCAACCUGCUGCACACCUACGCGGGGCCCGCCAUGCUCAUCAUCAACCCGCUCAGCUCCCCGGCCAUGUACUCGGAGAAGGUGAUGCACAUGUUCAAGGGCUGCCGGCGGGAGGACAUGGCCCCGCACGUCUACGCCGUGGCCCAGGCCGCCUACCGCAGCAUGCUGAUGAGCCGCCAGGACCAGUCCAUCGUGCUGCUGGGGGCCAGCGGCAGUGGCAAGACCACCAGCUGCCAGCACCUGGUGCAGUACCUGGCCACCAUCGCCGGCAGCUCUGGCAAGGUCUUCUCAGCGGAGAAGUGGCAGGCGCUGUACACCGUCCUGGAGGCGUUCGGCAACGGCAGCACCAGCAUGAACGGCAACGCCACGCGGUUCUCCCAGAUCCUCUCGCUGGACUUCGACCAGGCCGGGCAGGUGGCUUCUGCCUCCAUCCAGACAAUGCUGCUGGAGAAGCUGCGGGUGGCCCGGCGGCCGGCUAACGAGGCCACCUUCCACGUCUUCUACUACCUGCUGGCCUGCGCCGACAGCACCCUCAGGACCGAGCUGCACUUUGGCCACCUGCCCGAGAACAACGUGUUCGGGAUUGCGCCGCUGCACAAGCCAGAGGAGAAGCAGAAGGCAGCGCAGCAGUUCAGCAAGCUGCAGGCUGCCAUGAAGGUCAUGGGCAUCUCCGCCGAGGAGCAGAAGGCCUUCUGGCUCGUCCUGGGCGCCAUCUACCACCUGGGCGCUGCCGGAGCCACCAAAGAGCCCUGCGUAGCCGAAGCUGACGCCGACGAAGCCGGCAGGAAACAAUUUGCCCGGCACGAAUGGGCCCAGAAAGCUGCCUACCUACUGGGCUGCAGCCUGGAGGAGCUCUCCUCGGCCAUCUUCAAGCACCAGCCCAAGAGCACCCUGCAGCGCUCCACCUCCUUCCGCCAGGGCCCCGAGGAGCCCGGGCUGGGCGACGGCACAGGCCCCAAGCUGACGGCGCUGGAGUGCCUGGAGGGCAUGGCCUCGGGCUUGUACUCGGAGCUCUUCACGCUGCUCAUCUCGCUGCUGAACAGGGCGCUGAAGUCGAGCCAGCACUCGCUGUGCUCCAUGAUGGUGGUGGACACGCCGGGCUUCCAGAACCCCGAGCUGGCCGGCCAGGGCCGCGGCGCCACCUUCGAGGAGCUGUGCCACAACUACGGCCAGGAGCGGCUGCAGGCGCUCUUCCACGAGCGCACCUUCGUCCAGGAGCUGGAGCGGUACAAGGAGGAAAACAUAGAGCUUGCAUUAGAUGACAUAGAGCCCGCUCCCUCGGGCUCUGUGGCCACUGUAGACCAGCCCUCUCACCAGGCACUGGUACGCUCACUGCCCCGCACGGACGAGGCUCGGGGGCUGCUGUGGCUGCUGGAGGAGGAGGCGCUGCAGCCCGGGGGCAACGAGGACACCUUGCUGGACCGGCUCUUCACCUACUACGGGCCCCAGGAUGGAGACAAGAAAGGGCCCAACCCCCUGCUGCGCAGCGAGAGGCCGCGGCACUUCUUCCUGGGCCACAGCUCGGGGACCAGCUGGGUGGAGUACGACGCCGCGGGCUGGCUGGGCUACGUCAAGCAGAACCCGGCCGCGCACAACGCCGCCGCGCUGCUGCAGGACUCGCAGAAGAAGAUCAUCAGCAGCCUGUUUGCGGGCCGGGCCGGCACGGCCCUGGUGCUGUCGGGCUCCGUGGCGGGCCUGGAGGGCGGGUCACAGCUGGCGCUGCGCCGGGCCACCAGCAUGCGCAAGACCUUCACCACCGGCAUGGCGGCCGUCAAGAAGAAAUCUCUGUGCAUCCAGAUCAAGCUGCAGGUGGACGCCCUGAUCGACACCAUCAAGAAGUCCAAGGUGCACUUCGUGCACUGCCUGCUGCCCCGGGCGGAGGGCUGGGCCGGGGCCCCGCGCGGGCUGGCGGGCCGGCGCGUCAGCAGCAGCGAGCUGGACCUGCACGGCGAGCACUGCGAGGCGGGGCUCAUGCAGCUGGACGUGCCGCUGCUGCGGGCGCAGGUCCGCGGCUCCCGCCUGCUCGACGCCCUGCGCAUGUACCGGCAAGCCCCUGGCUGGGCACUCACUGCUCCCCUGCCCGCGCAGGUGUUUUUCCGGGCAGGGACCCUGGCCCGGCUGGAGGAGCAGCGUGACGAGCAGACGAGCAGGAACAUCGCCCUGUUCCAGGCGGCCUGCCGUGGCUUCCUGGCUCGCCAGCACUUCAAGAAGAGAAAGAUCCAGGACCUGGCGAUCCGCUGCGUGCAGAAGAACAUCAAGAAAAACAAGGGCGUGAAGGGCUGGCCCUGGUGGAAGCUCUUCACCACCGUGCGGCCCCUCAUCGAGGUGCAGCUCACCGAGGACCAGAUCCGGGGCAAGGACGAGGAGAUCCAGCAGCUCAAGGGCAAGCUUGAGAAGGUGGAGAAGGAGCGCAACGAGCUGCGGCUGACCAACGACCGGCUGGAGGGCAGGAUCACAGAGCUCACGUCGGAGCUGACGGACGAGCGCAACACAGGCGAGUCGGCCUCCCAGCUGCUGGACGCGGAGACGGCCGAGAGGCUGCGGGCAGAGAAGGACAUGAAGGACCUACAGGCCAAGUACGACGCGCUCAAGAAGCAGAUGGAGGCCAUGGAGAUGGAGGUGAUGGAGGCGCGGCUCAUUCGUGCGGCCGAGCUCAACGGCGAGCUGGACGAUGACGACUCGGGCGGCGAGUGGCGCCUGAAGUACGAGCGCGCGGUGCGGGAGAUCGACUUCACCAAGAAGCGGAUGCAGCAGGAGUUCGAGGACAAGCUGGAGGUGGAGCAGCAGAGCAAGCGGCAGCUGGACCGGCGGCUGGCCGACCUGCAGGCCGACAGCGACGAGAGCCAGCGCGCCUUGCAGCAGCUGAAGAAAAAAUGCCAGCGCCUGAUGGCCGAGCUGCAGGACACCAAGCUGCACCUGGAAGGGCAGCAGGGGCGCAACCACGAGCUGGAGAAGAAGCAGCGCAGGUUUGACAGCGAGCUGGCGCAGGCGCACGAGGAGGCCCAGCGGGAGAAGCUGCAGCGGGAGAAGCUGAGCCGGGAGAAGGACGCGCUCAUCGCCGAGGUCUUCGGCGUCCGGCAGCAGCUGGAGGAUAAGGACGCCGACAUCACCAGCCUCACCCAAAAGGCAGAGGCCCUGGAGGCCGAGUUGCAGGACAUCUCCUCCCAGGAGUCCAAGGACGAGGCCUCCCUGGCCAAGGUGAGGAAGCAGCUGCGGGACCUGGAGGCCAAAGUCAAGGACCAGGAGGAGGAGCUGGACGAGCAGGCGGGCACCAUCCAGAUGCUGGAGCAGGCCAAGCUGCGGCUGGAGAUGGAGAUGGAGCGCCUGCGCCAGACGCACGCCAAGGAGGUAGAGAGCCGCGACGACGAGGUGGAGGAGAUCCGCCAGUCCUGCCACAAGAAGCUGAAGCAGAUGGAGGUGCAGCUGGAGGAGGAGUACGAGGAGAAGCAGAAGGUGCUGCGGGACAAGCGGGAGCUGGAAAGCAAGCUGUCGGCCGUCAGUGACCAGGUGAACCAGCGGGAUUUCGAGACGGAGAAGCGGCUGCGCAAGGACCUCAAGAGGACCAAGGCGCUGCUGGCUGAUGCGCAGAUCAUGCUGGACCACCUCAAGAACAACGCGCCCAGCAAGCGGGAAAUCGCCCAGCUCAGGAACCAGCUGGAGGAGUCGGAGUUCACCUGCGCGGCAGCCGUCAAGGCCCGGAAGUCCAUGGAGGUGGAGAUCGAGGACCUGCACCUGCAGAUCGACGACCUGGCCAAGGCCAAAGGCGCGCUGGAGGAGCAGCUGAGCCGGCUGCAGCGGGAGAAGAACGAGGUGCAGAGCCGCCUGGAGGAGGACCAGGAGGACAUGAACGAGCUGAUGAAGAAGCACAAGGCGGCCGUGGCCCAGGCCUCCCGGGACCUGGCCCAGAUGAACGACCUCCAGGCCCAGCUGGAGGAGGCCGGCAAAGAGAAGCAGGAGCUGCAGGAGAAGCUGCAAGGCCUGCAGAGCCAGCUGGAGUUCCUGGAGCAAUCCAUGGUGGACAAGUCCCUGGUCAGCCGGCAGGAGGCCAAGAUCCGCGAGCUGGAGACGCGGCUUGAGUUCGAGAGGACGCAGGUCAAGCGCCUCGAGAGCUUGGCCACGCGCCUGAAGGAGAACAUGGAGAAGCUGACGGAGGAGCGGGACCAGCGCACGGCUGCCGAGAGCCGGGAGAAGGAGCAGAACAAGCGGCUGCAGCGCCAGCUGCGGGACGUCAAGGAGGAGAUGGGCGAGCUGGCCAAGAAGGAGACGGAAGCCAGCCGCAAGAAGCACGAGCUGGAAAUGGACCUGGAAAGCCUGGAAGCUGCCAACCAGAGCCUGCAGUCUGACCUGAAGCUGGCGUUCAAGCGCAUUGGGGACCUGCAGGCCGCCAUCGAGGACGAGAUGGAGAGCGACGACAACGAGGACCUCAUCAACAGCGAGGGGGACUCGGACAUGGAUUCAGAGCUCGAGGACCGCGUGGACGGGGUCAAGUCCUGGCUCUCAAAGAACAAGGGCUCGUCUAAGGCGGUCUCAGACGACGGCAGCUUGAAGAGCUCCAGCCCCCCCGGCUCCCGGAGACCCUUUGGCUACGACAAGUCGGACGAGGAGCGAGACGCCUUCGAGAGCACGGCCAGGCCCCGGGCCUGCUCCCGGAGCUACCUGAGCGACAGCGACGCCGAGGGCCCGCCCGCCGACGCCUCUGCGUAGCCCUCCCGGGAGGGCAGGCCCCGGCACGGCCCCCGGCACGUCCACGGCCUCAGGCGUGCUCUGUGUGGAGCUGGGGGAAGACGGACCCCGGGCAGCGCUGCGCCGGCCCUCGCCCCUCCUGGGCAGCAGAGCCCAGGGGCGCCCGGCCGCAGCCCCUCAGCAAGCGCCUUGCGUGGGAAGUGCUGCAUCUGGCCCCUGGCCGCGGCCGGGAUCCCUGCAGGCUGGAAAAGGUCCCUCUUGAGAGCUCCCGUCCUGCCCUGCCCCUCCGGCCCCGCUCCCCCGCGCCAGGCAGGCUGCAAUAACGGGGCUCAGCCCCGCCUGGGACUGGACUCUGGCUCAGGGGCUGCUCGGGGGUCUUGCUCCUUGGGUUCCUGCCAAAUCCCCCCCUUCCUCCACAACCCCCUGGGCUGCACCCUGUGGCCACCCCCUUGCUGCUGCAGCUGGGGCCGUGUGGGUCUCGGAGGAAGGGGCUGGGCUGGGUUCGGGGGGCUUUUCCCCUCUGCACCUGCUGCCUUUUCAUCUGAUAACGGCCCCCCCGGCUG